AUGACCAACCAAAGAUUAUACAUAGAAAAGAAAGAUACAAUUGUCAACUUAUCAAUUGAUAAUAAUAACAACCACUAUAAGUUCAACAUUGAACAACAAAACCAACAAGACAGUGCCAAAGAUGACGUAAUCACAAUUCCUUCACAACUUCCCAAUUAUUUAACUUCACCCAAUCAAGUGUUUAUUAUAGACUCAAUUAAAUCAGGUACUGGUAGAUCCUCAUCAUCACUGAAUGAUAUUUAUCAUACAAUUAUAAAUCCAUUAUUCAAAUUAUUAGAUAUCAAUUAUCAAUACUUCAAAACAAUUUCAUCUAAAUCCAUAUCUAAAUUUGCCAAUCAAUUCAAUCCCCAGUAUGCAUCAACUAUCAUAUUUAUAAGUGGAGAUACUUCAAUAAACGAAUUCAUAAAUGGAUUACCCACUGGUACCACCAAUGACAACAACAAAAUCUCCAUAUUCCCAAUCCCGAAUGGAACAGGAAACAGUCUUGCAUUAUCCUUAAACCUCCAAGAUCAAUUACUGGCACUCACAACAUUAUUAACCUCCACUAAUCCUCCUCACCCACUCCAUCUCUACACCAUACAAUUCCCUACUGGUUCAUACCUUUCGCUUCACAAUGAAAAGCACUCAGAAAUCACUCAUAAACUAAACUUCCUCGUGGUAUUCUCAUGGGCAUUUCAUGCUUCAUUGGUAGCAGAUAGUGAUACUCCAGAACUUCGAAAGCAUGGAUUGGAAAGAUUUAAGAUCGCUGCCGCGAAUAACUUAAAUCAGGAACAGAAAUAUGAUGCUGAAUGUUAUAUUAACUCCAAAAAGAUUGAUGGCCCAUUUGCGUAUUGGUUAGUAACUGGUUCUGAUAGGUUUGAACCUACGUUUGAAAUAUCUCCACAUAGUGACAUUUUAGAAAAUGGAUUUUAUUUGGUUGCAUUUAAGACUGGACAAGAUAUAAUGAAAAUAAUGUAUCAGGUGUAUGAUAAAGGAAAUCAUAUCAAUAAUCCAGAUGUGAUUUAUGAAAAACUUAUACCGGGAGAUGAAAUUAUUUUAAAGACCAAGAAUUCAAGUUCGAUAAGAAAGAGAAGGUUUUGUUUAGAUGGAAGUAUAAUUGUCUUACCUGAACAAGAAGAACAUGAGAUAAAAAUACAAAUUGGAGAUUAUAUUCAUAAUAAUUGGCAAUUUUUUAUUAUACACUAG